UAAAACAAAAAUGAGCCGUCAGUCUAAGAAGAUUGUUGAAAUUGAAAGAGCUGACGAUAUGCGUAUCAGCCUCAGUGGCACUGAUAGCAGUAGAAGUGAUGGCGAUGUAGAUGAGGUAAUUGAUGAGGGAGAUUCAAUCAUGUUAAAAGAAGCACUUGAUCUUUUGGGCCAGAGAUGGGACAGGAUAAAUGGUGCUCAGGCACUGCGAGUUUUACCAAGAGACAUAAAACUUCAGGAUUUGCUUCCCUUUCUCAAACCCCUGCUCAGAAAAUCUACUGAACGUCGCCAAAACUCUUCAGUGAUCAAGAACUUGACAUUCAAUGAGAAUUUGCAGGUCAAAGAAGAGCUUUAUAAUUGCCGUCGAGCAAUAUUGAAAGUUGAUGCUGAUAGCAUGUGCUCUCUUUGCAAUAAGCGGAUUGGGAGCAGUGUAUUUGCAGUGUAUCCCAAUGGAAAAACACUCGUACAUUUUGUUUGCUUUAGAGAUUCACAGAGUAUUAAGGCUGUUAAAGGUCCCACAUCGACGAGGCGCAAAUAAUCCAUCCUUUUUCAACUCCGAAGCGUGGCUCACUGCCCACAACAAGAAGCAAAGUUUCGUCUUCCUAUUUUGGUUCAGUUUUUGUGUUCUCCAUGGCCGCUUGGUGGAGAUCUGUUCGUUUUUGAGCAAAAAGCCUUAUGUUCACUUCAAGUAGCUUGUGCAAUGCCACCAUCCAUUUUGUGUUCAUCAUUCCAUUGUUGUGUCUCCUGAUCUUGAUAUCUCAUAUUUAUCAUUUUAUGUAUGAUUAUUUGUAAAAAAAAUAAUCUCUGAUUGUAUAUUUUGUUUGAUGCUGGAGGUAUUGCGCAAGAGUAUUUUCUUUA